CGGGGCGGGCCUCGGAGCGCUCGCAGCCGCUCGCUGGCUCCGGGGCCGCGGCGGCUCCUCUGCCGGGUCGCGCCGGUCGACGGGCUUCGGGCGGCGGCUUGGGCGGCCUGCGGACGGACGGGUGGGUCGAGACGCAGGCCCGCGCCUGCCGUCUCGCCUCCUGCCAGCGCGGAGCCCGAGCCAUGGCCGCCUCGCCGGGCUCGGGCAGCGCCAACCCGCGGAAGUUCAGUGAGAAGAUCGCGCUGCACACGCAGCGGCAGGCCGAGGAGACGCGGGCCUUCGAGCAGCUCAUGACCGACCUCACCCUGUCGCGGGUUCAAUUUCAGAAGCUUCAACAACUGCGCCUUACACAGUAUCAUGGAGGAUCCUUACCAAAUGUGAGCCAACUGCGGAACAGUGCUUCGGAGUUUCAGCCGUCAUUUCAUCAAGUUGAUAACGUCCGUGGAACCCGCCACCACGGGCUGGUGGAGAGGCCAGCCAGGAAUCGCUUCCACCCCCUUCACCGAAGGUCUGGGGACAAGCCAGGACGGCAGUUUGAUGGUAGUGCUUUUGGAGCCAAUUACUCUUCACAGCCCCUGGAUGAGAGUUGGCCAAGACAGCAGCCUCCUUGGAAAGAAGAAAAGCAUCCUGGGUUCAGACUAACAUCUGCACUUAACAGGACCAAUUCUGAUUCUGCUCUUCACACAAGUGCUCUGAGCACCAAGCCCCAGGACCCCUAUGGAGGAGGGGGCCAGUCAGCCUGGCCUGUCCCAUACAUGGGUUUCUGUGAUGGUGAGAAUGAUGGACAUGGGGAAGUAGCCUCUUUCCCUGGCCCAUUGAAAGAAGAGACUCUGUUAAAUGUUCCAAAGCCACUGCCAAAACAACUAUGGGAGACCAAGGAGAUUCAGUCCCUGUCAGGGCGUCCUCGAUCCUGUGAUGUUGGAGGUGGCAAUGCUUUCCCACAUAAUGGCCAAAACAUAGGCCUCACACCAUUUCUGGGGACCCUGAACACUGGAGGGUCAUUACCAGAUCUAACCAACCUCCAUUACUCGGUGCCCCUGCCAACCUCCCUGGACACCAGUGACCACCAUUUUGGUAGUAUGAGUGUGGGGAAUAGUGUGGGCAACCUCCCAGCUGCUAUGACUCACCUGGGGAUAAGAAGCUCCUCUGGUCUCCAGAGUUCUCGGAGUAACCCCUCUAUCCAAGCCACGCUCAAUAAGAUCGCACUUUCCUCUUCCCUAAAUAGCCACCCACAGACAUCAGUUGCGAAUGCGUCUGCCCUUCACCCUUCACUCCGUCUGUUUUCCCUUAGCAACCCGUCUCUUCCCACCACAAAUCUAAGUGGCCCUUCUCGGCGGAGGCAGCCACCUGUCAGCCCUCUCACACUUUCUCCUGGCCCUGAAGCACAUCAAGUUUUCAGCAGACAGCUCUCUUCAACCAGCCCACUGAACCCAUAUCCUGCCUCCCAGAUGGUGUCCUCAGAGCGAAGCCCACUUUCCUUCCUGCCCACUGAAGCUCACGCUCAAGUGUCCCCGCCGCCCCCUUAUCCCACACCCCAGGAGCUCGCACAGCCUCUCCUACAGCAGCCCCACACUCAAGAGCCCCCUGCCCAGCAGCCCCAGGCAACCUCAUCCCUGCCACAGUCAGACUUCCAGCUUCUCACGUCCCAGGGCUCGUCUUUGACCAACUUCUUCCCAGAUGUGGGCUUUGACCAGCAGUCUGUGAGGCCAGGCUCAGCCUUUCCUCAACAGGUUGAAGGAACUGAGACACAGAGAAGGGGAGCACCUGGCCCCAAUAGCAGACUUAGAAAGUGGCACAGCAACGUUGGAACACCCAGCACAGUGCCCCUGGUGCAACAAGGUCAUCGAGAACAACAGGACUCAUUUCAUUUGAGACCGAACCUGUAUUCCAACUGCGGGAACUUCCCAAACACAAUCCUGACAGAAGAUUCAAGCACCAGCCUGUUCAAAGACCUCAGCAGUGCACUAGCAGGCAUGCCUGAGGUCAGCCUGAAUGUGGACACUCCGUUUCCAUUGGAAGAGGAGCUCCAAAUUGAACCCCUGAGCCUGGACGGACUCAGCAUGUUGAGUGACUCCAGCAUGGGCCUGCUGGACCCCUCUGUGGAAGAGACGUUUCGAGCUGAUAGACUGUGAGCAGAAAGUAACGGGACAGGAGAAUCCCUGAAACAACCAAAACAGAGUGAAAUAGAAAAGAGCCAGUGAACACCCCUGGACUUCAGUUAUCCCAACACAGAAGGAACCAGCCCCAUGGCUUCAGGCUUUCAGCUGAGGUUCAGUUUCAGACUCCAUGGCUUUUUCUAGACACAGCUACGUCCUGCCUCCCAGGCCUGUGGCACAGGUUGUGCUGCUGCAGUCAGGCUGCUUUGGAGCUUCCAGUGAAUUAUGGAAAGCUCAUCCUCUGACCCCUCCAUCUUUUUAUUGGCCAUUUAGUUGGUCAGUGUGUAAAAGUAGAAAAUAUCAUGUAAUGAGAGACCUCAGUAGUACUGUGUAGUGCUCAGAACCACUGAUCUCGAUCAACACUGAAGACAGGACAUGGGACUGAAGACACGGGAGGCAGGCAGGGGCCAUGGGCCCCAUAGCAUUGGCUCAACAUUGUGCAACGGUACCAGAGCCCCACAAUGUCCUCUUCGAUCUGGCUGUUCAGGCAAGGCACCCUCCAGCUGGAGGACAUUCCAGGACUUAGACAAGAGCCAUGUUUCUCUCAGAUGCCUUAAUGAUAAUAUGAAGUUUAACCCCAAGUCCAAAGACAGACUUGCAUUCAGCAAACCAAAUGCUAGUUUUUCUCCCAGUUUGGAAUCUCUUUUCUGCUGCUUCAAUACACUUUUUCCUUAGGGACAGGAGGAAAAGGAAGACAAUUAUUUUAUUCAGUCACUGUAAAAAGGUCCCUGGUAAUGGAUGAGCCUGAGUAAAACAGUGUUCCUUCCUAGAGGCAGGGGAAGAAAGAGAAGGGACUAUAGGUAUCUCAGACACAGGGUGACCUCCAGACAAACUCCAGACAAGCACAGUUCUCCCUACACACCAACUGGAAGGAGCAAUGAAGGUUUUUGCACCCACCCAGCAACUGAAUUUCCCUAUCAUCUCCAGAGGGCUUCUCUGUUGGUCUAGAUCAUAAGCUCCUAGAGGGCAGGGGCUGUGCCUUAUUCCUCAUUGAACCGCUAGUACCCAACAAGUGCCUGGUAUGGAAUAAGUGCCUCAUAACUGUGUGUUAAAUACACGCAUGUGUAUGCGUGUGCAUGAAUGAAUGAAUGGAUCUGCCAUGCUAUAAGGCAUUCUAAUCUGUAACUAUCCCCACUCCCUACCAAAUCGUCUCAGAGGUUUAGCUGUUCUAAUGCUUGUGCCUGUGCUUAAGUUAAGCAUGCACUUUAAUAUGCUUUUAACACUAGGUGACCAAAUCUACCACUAGACUCGGGGUCAUGUUCCAUAGCAGGUAAGAGGCAAUUGUCUCCUGGGUGCAUCCAGAGUGGCUAAGCAAACCCAGGUCCCCAAGUGCUUGUACCUGAAGAAUUAUAACUAGGCCUUCACCUCAGAAGAUCUUCCCUCUCAGAUCCAUGUUUUGCUGUAAAUGGCUUUAAACAUGCUUUGAGGUAAAAGAAAUAAGUUUAUAGUAAAUGAAGGCUUGGUUCAUGCAACCAUCAUUAUUCCUUAAUACCUUAUCAUGAAAUAGUUUGAUCAUAUUUCCACCUGCCUCCUCUGACUUAGCCCCUGAACAGAAAACACGAUGAUGCCCACAGAGCACUAAAAGGGAAGAGCUAGGCAAUGAGAAGAUGGGGUUGGGGGGAGAACCCUGAAGGAGGGAUGAGCUGCUAGAACAUUUGCUUGAACUGCUCCCACCCAAAGAAGUGAGGCUGCAUGAGGAGGGUCUGAAUCUGACACCUCUGUGGUUUCAGGAUCCUGGCUGGAUGGCUCUCCAGGCCUCAUCUUUGGCCCUAUCUCUGAUCUUGCAAACAACCCUGACAGUGCCUUCAUUCCACCUUCCUCUGGAACCCAAGAAUUCUUGUUCUCCCAUUUACCCUGAAUCUGCUGUUAAGUUAGGAAACCAACCAAAGACCUCCUUGUCCAAUUUCUGCUUCAGGAAGGGGCUCUUGGCUUCCCAUGGCAAACCUUAUUCCCAGUUAAACUUUCAGAUCCCUUUAUGCAGAUCUCAGAAAGGGGUGACUUUUUGUUACAAUAAAAGAGCCUUCCAGUUGUAAAGCUACCCAUAACCCAGUGUGCCAAUAGAAACCAGCUCCUACGUUAGAGGCUCCCAAAUCAGAUCUUGCCUUUCAGGCAGGAGUGGCGCAGAUGUUAUAAGAGUGUGUUAUUUGAAGAAAAAUCCACUCCUUGCGUAGUGCCUUACCCAUGGGAAUCAUGGUGUCAGGGUCCCAGUUCACUCUACAUAGCAGCCCUGCCUUGCAACAGAGACCCCAAGACCCACAGGAUGAGUUGCACUGCCCCUGGGACAUUCUUCAUGUUACUAUUGAAGUGUAGACACCCAGGGAAAGACGGUAAUGAGGACAAUGUGGUUUAGAACUGAAUUAAAUCUGCCCAUAGCUCCAUCAGUCUGGUCUUUUCUUGUGAAAAGAUUCUGGGCAUUAUAAAGCCCACCUUGCCUAGAUGGUAUUAGGGACACCGGGGACAGUGCUGCCUGCCCCUCAACGUGUAAGCCUGUACUCACUGCUGCCUUUGUAAUAAGCCAGUCUUGGUCCUUAGCAUUGGAAAUGGCUACAGACUUCAGAAAAGAAAAAAAAAAACAAAACAAAACUAUAUUUGAAUAUUUAGUUUUGUCACAAGACAUCAAUCAUACUCUCAUUUACUAGCAGUUAAAAAU